CAUUGACAGGCUAAACGUGGCUGGGUCAUUUACAGGCUAAACUUGUCUGGUCAUUGACAGGCUAAACAUCAUUGACAGAGAUAGAGAGAGAGCGAGAUAUUCGAGAUGAGUUUGUUUCACAUAAAAUACCCCGCUAAUACAGGCUUUCUCACUUGGGACGAUUUAGGAUGUUUGAGUAGAGCUUUAGGGUUCCCCUCUGAUUUGUUCAAGACAAAUUAUCCAGCUGACAGCUAUGAAUUUAAAUACGAUGAAAGAGGAAUCGGAAGAAAGACAAUGUUACGCUUACUUGACGAGUGCUACUUAUACACCGCUCUCCACCGCUCUUACAACAUGCACACAGCCGAGUGGAAUGCACGUGUGUUUGUUGGUGCCAUCGAAAUGCUUGAGCACAAAGUCUUAGAUUUUGAGGGUCUCUAUAAAGUAAGGAUUGCAUACGCUACUUACGAGCACGGUGAUAUGAAGGGCAUGUUGGUUAACAAACACGUUCUACUGAGGACUCUGAAGAUGUGUGGUAGGACGAUAGCACCGCUGAAACUUGCACAUAGGAUGAAACAUAUGAGGAGUCAGUUCGAUGAAAGGGGGAGAAUCCAGUUAUAUGAACUCUUCAGGCUGCUAUUGUGGUGUGACGUGUACACAGCUUACUGCCCACUGGACCAAGAAACGGCCUCGGGAAAGGAUGACUAUUUGUUUAAGCUAGUUGACCCUCGGCGACUAUUCUCACACCACGACCAACGACUGGCCAAUCAGCUGAACGAAAAAUACUUUCAAGAAGAGCUGGACUAUGGGAAGGUGAAGCUGGGCAGCAGGCAGACGUUCAGCGAACCCAUCGUGAAGAUUGAGAUCCGAGAACAACAGUCUGUGGUAUCCAAACAAAACUACCACCAACUCAAAAAUGAAAUCAACCAAUCAGAAAAGCGUGUGCAUCAAGCAUCAGUCGGUGGGGUCAGGGCUCGACCAAUCAGCGCGCCCAAUCUAGAAAAUCUGAAAACAAAGAGUGAGAACACAAACCAGAACAAUGUCGCUCUUCGUGCUUAUGAGAAAGUUAAACAACGUCUUCAUUCUGCUCCAUCUAGAGAACAAAACAACUUUUCGGAUCGCCCAAAUUUUGUCAGACAUAAAAGGGCCUUCACACCCCGUGUGGUCACCCCUGCAGAUAUAGAAGAGCUGCAAACAAAAAUAGAAGAGCUCAACUUUGAUAUAACAACUUUGGACUGCAGGUGUACGCUACAAGUUGAGGAAGAGAUGGACUUUUAUUUACCUGGGUACAAGAACAAACCUAAACCUGUCGCUGAAGUUAGACCUCCGACACCGGAGCCUAUACGAAAACCCCAGCACUGGACUUCUGGUAUUAUUAAACAUUUAGCGUAUCCUAGCAACCACAUAGCUGAGUCCCAUGACAGUGUAUGUGAUGCCAGGUAUCGGGGAUGGAGCAAAGUCAACAAACGAUCUGGUUAUCACGUGAUAGUUAACACCACAGCAUUUGAAAACUCAGAACGAGGCCGACUGAUGUGUCAGAUGGAAAACACCACUAUGUCCCCUGUCCAUCGCUUACAUCCGGGCUACCUGCUACGCUACACACCAAAAGGAAAAUCCCGGAAAUCUUUUUCACGUGGAGGGAAAGCGAAAGACAAAAAUAAAUUUAGUUUCCGAUGUUUGAAGAAAACCAAACUCAAUGAAAUCUUUGAAGAAGACUGUAUAGAUUCUCAGGAAAAUAGCUUGUGAAAUGAAUUACUGUGUUGGUAUUAAACAAGAAUUUCGUGGCGCCACUCCUGGUACGGUCACUCAGGGUGUCACACUCAACAACAAAAUACUUAAUGUACAAAAUCCUUAGACGAUUUGGUGUCACCCAAAUACAGGAUUGUGUCAUCCUGUAUGUCUCAAGAUGUACCAACGUUGGUAGAUUAACUGAACAAAGCAGAUGUUAUGUAUUGGUGUCGCCCCUUCUAUGGUGUCACCUGAUGCGGUACACCCCACACACCCCGCCUUGUGACGCCAUUUCAAGAAAUUAUAAUGCUAGAGUUUUGACCUUCAUCUACCUAUAAUUUACGCGAGCACCAUAAGUAGCCAGUUUUAUUGGACGUCCAUCAGUUAUGAAAGACUUUCACAAUCGAAUCAAUUACAUUAUUUUAAUUAAUUAGAGAACUCUCUCAAU